AUGGAAGACUUGUAAAAGAUAAUAUAAAAAUCUGGAACCAACUUGUCUCUUCUUGAUCUAGAAUUCAAGUAUAAUAAUAGUACUAUAUCAGACAAAUCGAAAAUUUGAAGGAUGUGCUUCCACUGCUCGUCUAAUUUAAGAAUCUCAAAGAAGUAAGCAAUCCAUAUAAUUACAGUUAAAUUUGCAUGGAAAUAGAUUAAGACAAUUGCCAGAUGAUUUGUCUCAAUUAAAGAAUCUUGAAAUAUUGGAUAUCACCAAUAAUAUGUUUGAAAAUGUAUUCUUUUGUUUUAAAUUUAGUUACAAUAAGUAGUUCAUUCAUUAAAAACAUUACCCUCAUUGAAUCAUUUGGAAAUAGCAUUGAAAUCUAAGGAAGAAGAAGAAUUUAUCAUUGAAAAUCUGCCUUAAUUAGUGAUGUUAAAUCAAUAAGCCAUUAAAAUUGAGGACCAAUCUGAACAAUAAAGUGAUAUGCAAUCAGAGAGAUCAGGAACAGGAUUGGAAAUAACAUUACAAUAAGAGGAUCUGGAAUAGAUGGCUGUACUUAAUAUCCCAAUCAUAUUAGAUGCUUCAUGACAGUAUCAAAGAGUUGAGAAAGGAAGAUGAAGAAUCAGAAAAAUAGAUUUCUUCAGUUUUCGAGAAUUCAGUGAAGACAAUAAUGAAGGAAUUGCAGACCAAGCUAGCACAAAAAUCACCUGAUCAUAUAACAAAUUUAACAAUUCUCAAAGUUUUAAAUUUAUUUUAAAAUAGGCAAAAUUUAAUUUAUCUGAAGUUUGCUUUUAAUUGUUUAUAAGAUACUUUAAAUUGACAGAUAAAAAGCUAGAAUAGAUCCUAACCAAAUUACACGACUAACAUCAAUAGAUAUUUACAGAUAUGUCUAACGUCAUAAUGAAUGUAAGGGACAAUCAAUCAAUUUAAUCAAUCCAAAAGAAAUUAUUGGAAACUAAUUCAGGCUAAUCAAAUUAAGACAAGGGAACUGAAUAAAGACUUAGAUAAGAACUCUAGGAGUUGUAAUAAUAUACAAGGGAAAUUGAAUAAGAAAAUAAGGCUUACUUAGAAUUACUAAUUAAAUUCGGAAAGGGGGAAAAGAUUCAAUUAAACUCUGUUCUAAAUAAUUAGUAAAAGACUGAAGUUUAAAAUAUAGACAAUUCGUCUCAAUUUAUACAAUAGAAUAAUAAUGACAAAGCCAUUGCUCUAAAUUUGAUUAGACCACAAUAAACCUAAUAUGCGUCUAUUCAAAGUAAGAAUAAUUAAUUAUAAUCAAAUGUAUUGGUUUAAGCUCCCUAAUUGGUUAAGAUGUUAACUCUAAAACAAUUCAAAGAUUUAAUAGUAGAAAUAUAUGAGAGUAAAUUGAAAUUUGAUUAAAAAUGCUCUGAUUCUCAUUUACCAAGGGAAACUAUGGAGCAGCAUAUGUACACAUUUUUGAAUUAGAAAUAUGGAUUGAAGAGUUUAAUACUGGAAUGGGCUUCUUGCAUCAUCAAUGCACUCAAGAGAUAUGGAAAUGACGAUAAUGAUGUUGCAGUGUUUGGUAAGAUUUUGAGGAAUGAAUGUGAUGAGGAGUUUAGAUUUGUGUAGGGUUAGGUGAAGAAUACGAUUUUGGAAUUGCUGAAGGUAAAACUUUAAAUUAAUAAUGGUAGAUGUAUUUGAGAGGGAAAUUCCCUUUAAAGACAAAUGCUGAUAUCAAAGAAAUGAUGAAUUAAAGAGUUAAUAGUUUUAUAUUCUAAGAAGAAGCCGAGGAUAUUAUCAAAUACAUGUAUAAUCAAGAGGAUUCAGAGUUAAUUCUUAACAAAUUGAAAUAGUAUUUUAUAUAGCCUGCAAAGCAUGUAGAGAAACGAAUGACUAGAGAGGAGUAAUUUUAAAUAGUGAAUGAGAAAGAUAAAUCUAAGAUUGAAUUUUCGAUAUUUUAGAAGGUUAUUUUGGAUUUUCAAAUGAAAUCACAUGAAAAGUACUUGUCAAAAUUUAUUUUGCAUUUCAAACAACAAGAUUAGGAUUAGAAUGGAAUUAUUGAUGAGGUAUUAGAUGUUCAUAAGUAGAAUGAAUUUCGAUAGUUGAUUGCAGAUUUGAAUAUGGGAACCAAUGAUUUUGAUAUCUAGAGAUACUUGAAUAAGAUAGAUCCUUACAAUAAUCAGUAAAUAACAUUUUCAUAAUGUGUUCAAUUGUUUUCUCAGGAAUAGGCACCAGGAACGAAUGUACCAAUAAUCUAGAAAAUUUCAGUUGACAGUUUUUGA